CCCUGCCGUCCCUCCAUGUUCCGCUCACGCCGCGCCGGGCUGGUGAGGCGGCUGUGGCGGCAGCGCUGCGCGGCGGCCGGCCCCGAGGAGGGUCCCGGUGCCCUCAAACCGGCGGCUCACGCCCUCUUCAAGAAGCUGAAGGACGAGGAGCUGGAGCUGCUGGUGCAGGCUGUGGAGAGCCGAGGUGCCUGGGAGUCCGGCUGCGUCUGGGCGCCACGGGGGGCCAAGCAGGCGCUGCCCCCCCAGGUCCUGCUCUGCCGCCUCUACCGCUGGCCCGACCUGCGCCAGCCCCACGAACUCAAACCCCUCUGCUACUGCGCGGGGGGCCGAGGGGGCUGCGGGGACCUGGCCGCUCUCUGCUGUAACCCUCACCACUUCAGCCGCCUGGCUGUGCCCGAGACCCCACCGCCCCCCUACUCCAAGGUGUCCUGCGGUCCUUUCUGGCCAGAUGUGCCUCAGCACCCCGGCACCCAGCUCCUGGAGUUCAGCUGCAAUGGUGGGGACUGGCACGACACCAGCCUCUCCUGGAACACCCUUAAGGACGGCUGCUGGUGCAAACUGGCGUACUGGGAGCACCGGACACGCGUGGGCCGCCUCUACGCCGUCCACGAGGCUUCGGUGAACGUCUUCGGGGAGCUGCCGCGGGGCAGUGGCUUCUGCCUGGGGCAGCUUCCAGCCGCCCACCGCAGCCGCGCCGUCCGCCGGGCGCGGGGCAAGAUCGGCCGGGGGCUGCUGCUGAGCCGCGAGCCGGGGGGGGUCUGGGCUUACAACCGCAGCGAGCACCCCAUCUUCGUCAGCUCGCCCACCAUGGGGCCCCCUGGUGCCCGCCAGCUCCCCGUGCUCAAGGUGCUGCCCGGCUACUCGGCCAAGGUGUUCGACUACGAGCGGGCAGGGGGCGUGCUGGGCUGGCGGAUCCCCGGGGAGGGGCCUUGCGACCCCCACUGCGUUCGCAUCAGCUUCGCCAAAGGCUGGGGGCCCUGCUACUCCCGGCAGUUCAUCACCUCCUGCCCCUGCUGGCUGGAGGUCCUGCUCAACCGGCCGCGCUGA